AUGAACAUGUUGGACGUAGAAGACGACAGCUUUCACGUCACACGUGAAGGUUACUCCCAUCUGAGUGGCUCAGAGUGGGAGGUAGUCGGCCGCAUGAGUGUGCUCAUGGGCGAACCCGCCAUCAGUGGUACGUUCGAGCCUCUAAGCAGAGACCAGCAACAUGCUGCUAUCAACAAGUUCCUACAAGGGGAACUUGCCGUCGAAAGACAGAAGACAGCCUUGAUACAACAGCAAGGCUCUCAUCAGUCGAUGGGCGGACCGACGCACAUGCGUCGACCCGAACCUUGGAGAUUGAUAUCUUAA